UGACAAUAUUGCGACCUCGUGCACGUUGCAAAUCCCAUCGUCAACAUCGCCAGGCGACCGUCUUCCCUUCAAUCCGGACAUUCAUUUUGGUCCCAAUUGUCGUCCUGCCUACUUUGGCACCAUUUUUAAGUCACUUUUCACAUCAUGUCUGGUGCUGAAUCUGUACCGGCCGUGCCUGCGCCCCGUGUGGCCCUGGACAGCUCCGCCGUCUCUGCGCCUUCGUCAUUAUGGGAUCGCAUCUCGAGCUGGGCUUCUGAGCACAAGGCUGUAGUAUACACAAUUGCUGGUGUUGCUGUGGUCGUCACUGGAGCUGGUGCUGUCUACUACUUCUCCGAAUCCAAUAAGGGAUCGAAGGCUGGCGAGACCAGCACUGCUGCUGCCCCGGAGAAGAAGAAGAGCAAGAAGGACCGCCGAAAAGCUAAGAAGCAGGCCGAGACUGCUGCAAAGAAGGAGGAAGAGGCCAAGAAGAAGCCGGGUACUGCUGAGACGGCUUCGGAUGACCUGCCCGAGGUUGACGAGGCCUCUGUUGCCGCCCUCUCUGAGCAGGAGCGCAAGGAUCUUGCUGCCAAGCUGAAGGCAGCUGGCAACCAGGCCUACGGAUCCAAGAACUACAUUCGUGCUAUUGACCUCUACGGCAAGGCUAUCAUCUGCAAGCCUGACCCUAUCUUCUACUCAAAUCGUGCUGCCUGCUACAACGCUCUCGGCGACUGGGACAAGGUCAUCGCUGAUACCACUGCCGCUCUUUCCCUCGACAACGAGUACGUCAAGGCUCUGAACCGGAGAGCGAAUGCCUAUGAGCAACUCGAAAAGAACAGCGAGGCUUUGUUGGACUUCACUGCCAGCUGCAUCAUUGAUGGCUUCCGAAAUGACCAGAGUGCCCAGAGCGUGGAGCGACUGCUCAAGAAGGUUGCUGAGACAAAGGGCAAGGCCAUUCUCGAGGGCAAGGAGAAGAGACUCCCCAGUGCUACUUUUGUGACCAACUACUUGCAGAGCUUCCGAGCUCAGACUGCUCCUCAGGGUCUCGAAGAAGCGACUGAGCUUCCGGAAGAGAGCGGAAAGGGACAGCUGCGCGCUGGUCUGACCGCCAUGGCCAAGAGAACUGGCGAUGGGUACGCUGAAGCUGCGACCGCCUUCGACAAGGCCCUUGCCCUUGGUGACUUGGGUGAGCACGAGGCCCUGGCUUACAAUCUGCGAGGCACCUUCCGGUAUCUCCGUGGUGAGAAUGCCGAUGCCCUUGGUGACUUAACCAAGUCUGUCGAGCUCCAGCCCGCUUUGACCCAGAGCUACAUCAAACGCGCCAGCAUGUUCCUCGAGAUGGGCGACAAGCAGGCCGCUGCGGAUGAUUUUGAAAAGGCUGUUCAACACAACAAGGAUGACCCCGACAUCUACUACCACCGCGCCCAACUUCACUUCAUCCUGGGCGAGUUCGCUGAUGCCGCCAAGGACUACCAAAAGUCGAUCGACCUCGACAAGGACUUUAUCUUCUCAUACAUCCAGCUCGGUGUGACACAGUACAAGAUGGGCUCCAUUGCUUCCUCGAUGGCUACUUUCCGUCGCUGCAUCAAGAACUUUGAGAAGGUUCCCGACGUCUACAACUACUACGGCGAGCUUCUGCUCGACCAGCAAAAGUUCCAGGAGGCUAUUGAGAAGUUUGACACCGCCGUUGAGAUGGAGAAGCAGGAGAAGCCCCUUGGAAUGAACGUCCUGCCUCUGAUUAACAAGGCUCUCGCCGUGUUCCAGUGGAAGCAGGACUUCCAGGAGGCCGAGAAGCUUUGCCAGAAGGCUCUCAUCCUCGACCCUGAGUGUGACAUUGCCGUCGCCACCAUGGCGCAGCUUCUCCUCCAGCAGGGCAAGGUCACCGAUGCCCUCAAGUACUUUGAGCGUGCCGCCGAGCUCGCCCGUACCGAAGGCGAAAUCAUUAACGCUCUAUCCUACGCCGAGGCCACGAGAACUCAGCUUGAGGUGCAACAAAAAUACCCUCAGCUUGCCGCCCGCCUUUCCGGCAUGGGAGCUGGCAUGGGCGGUCCCGCCAUGAGAUAAAAAGUAUCAAGUUACUGGUCUCAAGGGGUGCUGAAGUGGCGGUAGGCGUGCUUUGCCUCACCGCUUGACCGUUUUAUGUUCACUGUCCUCUAAUUUACCUUCCCCUUACGAUUACAUCCUUUCCUUUUCGAUAUUGUCAUAGUGAGACAGCGCUCGUGGUCUCCGAGUCUGCAAUAUCUGCGCCUCUUUCACUUUGUUCGGGACUCAUCGUGCCACAGUCAUACCAGCACGUGUU